AUGGGCGGUUCAACUGGUUGUUUCCGAUCUCGUUUACCUCCGUCAUUGACAACAAAAGAUAUUCAUUUAUUAACUCUAAAAAGUGACUUGUCACGUGAAGAUAUCGAACAAUGGUAUUCAAGUUUUGUACAUUGUUAUCCACAAGGUUAUUUAUCGAAACGACAAUUUGUUCUUUAUUAUCAACAAUUACGAGACGAGUAUAGCGCACAAUUAUUGCCAUUUAUUGAACAGUUAUUUGAUGUAUUCGAUGCGAAUAAUGAUAAGAAGAUUGACUUUUAUGAAUUUGUUUUAUUGAACGUGUUAAGUAAUAAUGGUUCGAUCAAUGAAAAAAUGAAAUUGAUAUUUCGGUUUUAUGAAGAUGAUAAGGAAAAACAUCUCUCGCGAGAUGAAAUUAAAGAAUUUUUACGGCAUAUGUUCGAUUUGUUCGAUAUUCCAUCGUCGAAAUCCAAUGUGACUGAUGUUCUUGAUCGAGUUUUUCAAAAGCAUAAUUUAACGCGAGAGCAGAAAAUUAAUUGGAAAGAAUUUACUCAAGAUGUUCUCAAUGAUCAAUCAUUAUUUCGGCGAUUAAUUUCUGUAGAUAUUUAUCGUAAUGACCAAUUUAUUCAAAGAUCUGAACGCUUCUAA